AUGAGCGUCAAGCUCGCCAGCGACUGCUGGGCCCGCUGGGAGACAGUCAUUCGACACAUUGCGGCCAACUACACCUUUCCCGCGUCGACCGAAGAUGGCCUCAACGUCUUCCUGCACAUGAACCCUGGCAGCGCCAGCACCUUCCGCGCCUCAUCCGGAGGCUACAAGUUCGUCAUCGACGUCACGCGCCGCGGCAAUCGCAUCAUAGACAUUGUCGCCAUCACCAUUACCGCGAAGCAGAAGCAAGAUCCGCGCUGCAAUGGCUACAUCAUCACGCGAGCAUGCGACAUCCACCCGAACGAGAGCGAAGAGGAGCUGCCCGGUGGCCCGGAGCUGCGAUGGAUCCAGGUCACCAGUGGCGGAGAGUGCUAUCGACAUUGUUGCGACAAGGAGUCCAAUGCGCUGGACAGAGCACACGCUAAGCCUCGGCUAUCCUGGGAGACGACCCGACUUAGAAUCAUUCAAAAGGCCUACGAGCAAGAGGUGCUGGCGCUUCAACGCAAGAACAAGAAGAAGACAAAGAAGAAUGCGACUCAAGAUGCUGGAUUUGAGGCCGAGGUACUUCGCCAAGAUGCUGAGAAGGAGAUUGAAGCCCUCCGACGACUGCUCGAGGAGGUGUCUGGUGAGCUCGAGAAGGAGAAGGAGUCUAGGAAGAAGUGGAAAGAUGCCGCACGCAAGAAGGCCAACGACAUUGAUGCUAUCGACUUGACGUCGGAGGACGAGAGCUCUACGCCGAAGCUGGAAAAGGAGAUCGCCUCGUUGAAGGAAGAAAACAGGUUACUGAAAGAGGAUAAGAGGUUGCUCCAAGAAGACAAGCAGCGCUCGGCCAAGUUGCUUCAAGCCGUGCAAGACAACAGCCGCAGAUCCAAUGGAGAGUUCGAGAAGCGCCUCCGAGACCUGAGAAAAGCAAACGACGAGCUUCAGGAAGGCCACCUUGCCGACAAGAAGAAUCUUCAGGCCCUCCAAAAUACCAACAUUGCCCUGAGAGACCGGGUCAAGCAUUUGGAGGAAAAGAACACAGAGGCCAGCAGCGACAACCUACAAGAGAUCAAAGAGAUGUCUACAGAGCUCAAGAUCCUGGAGAACAACAUUCAGAUCCUCAAGGCAAACCACACUCACGACAAGGAAGAGCUGUUAGCUGAGGUUGAACACCUCAAAGCUGACAACUCGAGACUCCAGAAUGCCAAGAAAAGUGUCGACCAAUAUGCCAACAGUCUCAAGGAAAAGCUCCAGACGUUCGAGAAGCAGCCAAAUCAUGCUAGUCAAACAAUCAAGAAGCUCGAGGAGGAUCUGCAGUUGAAGAAUGAUCAUAGCCGCAGGACCGAAGAGGCUCUGGAGGGCAAGCUGCGGGAAGCUCAGGCAAUCAACCGCAAGCAGGCGAUUGAAAUGAUUGGCAUGAGAAAGACGAUACGCGACAAGGACGAAUGCAUCACCCAACUCCAGCAACGCACACCCAAUGACUGCAAUAAUGCCAACUCCCAGCACCAACAACCGAUUAUGUUCUCGCAAUACCCAUCCGAGUUUGCGCUCUCCCGGGACCUCGAAGUCCAGCGCAACAACGCCCGCAGAGCAGAGAACCGGGCGGACAGACUUCAGCACGAGCUAGACAAUAUGAGCAUGCGACAUGACCGCGAUAACAGCAUCCGAGUGCAAGAGCUGUCUAAAAGGUGCGACGAGCACACCGCCGAGAUUGCCAACUUGACUUCCGAGUUGGAGGCGGCAAAGUGGAAGCUGAUGGAGUCAGAGGAGAACCUCUCGGACAAGACCUUGAAGGCCACGCUGGAAGUUCAAAACAUCAAGAGAGAGAUGCAGGAAUUGGAGAAGAAGUAUGCCGAGAAGGUCGCUGCGACGGCUAGCAUGGAGAGGCGGUUCCACGACAAGGAUGCCUACACUGAAAACUUGGAGACGAAGCUGGAGGAGUUGAGAGGCACGAUGGAGAAUGUGCUCGGCCAGGUCUCAGUGCACCAAGGUCGGAAGAGAUGUCGUACUGAGGGACCAGACUUUCAGUUGUGA